AUGCCUCGUAAACGUGAGCCAUACAAAGGCCACCAAAGUAAAUUAGUGGUCGCCGUCGACAUAGGGACCACGUUCACUGCGGCCUCCUUCUGUAUUUUGGAGCCUGGAGUGGUACCAGAAUUUCGCGAGGUGCUUCGCUGGAAGAAACAGAAAGUCCCGGAUGCCAAAGUGCCUUCGGUCAUCUACUACAACAAGCAAGGCCAAGUGCAGGCAUUUGCAGCCGAGACAGAUGAGGAAGAGGUCAUCGCCGAGGCUGAAUUACGGGAUUGGGAAAAGAGUCAGUGGUUCAAACUCCACUUGCGACCUGGUUACCUCCCGGUGGUACCUGGGCUGUCGGUGCCUCCACUCCCUGCAAGGAAAACGGUGGUUGAUGCCAUCACUGAUUUUCUUCGAUAUGUGAAGGAGGAGGUUAUAGAAAGCAUAGCUUCCUCGUGCGGAGUUGGGAAGGCUUCGUGGAUGAGGCUCAGAUCUACUCUGAGACUUGUACUCACAACACCGAACGGCUGGGAAGGUAAGCAGCAGCAUCGAAUGAGGGUAGCCGCCAUACAAGCUGGGUUUGUGGGAAAGGAUGACGGAAACAGCGUGCAGUUUCUUUCGGAACCGGAGGCGGCAGUGUUAUACGCAAUUGAAACGGGUAGCAUGGAUGACUGGCUCAAGAAAGAUUCACAUCUUCUCGUAUGUGAUUGCGGAGGUGGUACGAUCGACGUCACUGGCUAUCGGGUAAAGGAAGUCGAACCUCUGUGGUUAGAGGAGACAACAAUGCCUAAGUGUUACCUCGGUGGAGCCAUUCUUGUCGGUCAAGCCGCGAGGAAAUUUUUGGAGCAGAAACUAAAGGGUACGGUUUACGACAAUCCAGAUGCUAUUCAGCGCGCAGUCGAAAACUUUGACAACAAGGCAAAGAAGUCGUUCGAUGGUACUGAGGAAUACAAGCUCGUCUGUCUCCCUGGACACACCUCCAUUCCUGAGUUGUGUAUCACCAAGGGUCGUAUCAAGAUUAAUGGAUCCGACGUGAAAUAUUUUUUCAAGGAAUCCCUUGACAUGAUAAACUUGGGUUUAAUGAAUGCAUAUGAGAAUGACGAUGAGAUGGCCGACGUUGAGUUCGUUCAUCUAGUGCUGGUCGGUGGAUUGGCGAACUCACCAUAUAUCUAUAAAGAGGUGCUUGCCUGGGCUGAUGAUCAUCAUAUCGAUGUUGUCAGGCCUGAGGGAUUGCUGUCCAAGGCCGUUCCCCAUGGCGCUCUAUCGUGGUACUUAGACGAUCCGAUCGAUGCCAGGAUAACAAAAGCUUCCUAUGGCGUUGAGAUGCUCAAUGAGUAUGAUCCGGCGCUGCACGAUGCCUUGAGGCGUAAACCCAAGAGGGAUAUUGAUGGCAUUGACUACGUCGACAAAGUUUGGGACUGUAUCCUUCCGAAGGCCAGAUACGCUAGUCCUGAAAAACCAGGAGAGUCUCUUACCAUACGUGUAGGAUUGGCCAGAGGCGGAGGGCACAAAAGGAAAUACUGCAACUAG